AAAGCAAAUGCGCCUGACUUUUCUUGCAUGGCUCAAGCGGCACGCGACUGUCUCUCCGUUCCCUCUAUUGAGGUGGGCGUGGAACGUUCUUUUAGUGGUGCACGAGACGUGUUGGGUCUUAGGAGACACUCUAUGAAUGCAGAGACGAUGAGAUGGCUUGUACUCCUGAAGGGACACUGA